AUGGCCGCCAUGUCAACCUACUAUUCACCAACAUGGACUCACAUUCCAGACAACAUAUCAAUCUCUCAACUGAUUGAAUCUGGUGUCGGGAAUAUUUCCCCGGGUAAAAUCAUCUACGAAGAAGCGAUCACCGGAAAGACAGUCGCAUAUGCGCCCUUUCGCUGCCAAAUUCGUCAAACUGCAUAUAAUCUGCGCCAGGCUCUAUGUCUGAAGCCCGGGGAUAUCGUGUCAAUCAUCGCAUCCAGUUGCAUUGAUUAUAUUCUGACCGCACAGGCAGUCUGGUGGGCAGGUGGUAUUGUGAGCCCAAUCAAUAAUAGUCUACACCCCGAUGAGAUUUCUAAUGCACUUGGGCUCAUCAAACCUCGGUUCCUGGUGGUUGACGAAACCGUCUACGAUAAACUUCCAAGAGCCUUAGAUAAACACAAGACUCCUCUUGUUGUAUUUACGAUCGGAAGUAGAGCUAGUGCAGAAUGGCCACCACUCCCACUCAGUCGCUCGUCAUAUUCCAACGGAGACCUCCAGCUACAUACGCCCAUCACCAUUACCGGCUUUAAUUACAAGGCCACAUGCGCCGCAAUUCUUCUUUCGAGCGGAACAACUGGCGUUCCAAAAGCAGUGAUGCUCUCACACUACAAUCUCGUGGCAACAUGCUUCCAGUUACGAACUGACAACCCACAAAAUUGGCGUGGAUCACAACGAGAAAUAUUUUUCCCGCCAUUGUCUCACGUGUAUGCGCUCUACGUAUGCUUUACUAUGAAUCUCUGGCUGGGCGCUUAUGUUUGCCUCAUGCCUCGCUUUGACGUGGACCUGUAUUGCCGCUUGCUGCAAGAUCGAUCAGCUACACUUGCACGGAUCGUACCAGCUGUCGCGAGGAUUCUGGCGGAAACCCCCGUUGUUCGGCAACAUCGAUACCCGGCUUUGGAGUACUUCAGUUGCUCUGCUGCUCAAUUACAUGUAUAA